GUCAUCCGCUCGAAUGGAGUCGUUGUCCUCAUCGUCAUCGUCGUCUAUGUCGUCCUCCACAUGCGCGUCGGCAAUCUCAACGCCGAAAUUGCGUCGCCAUUUGGACACAAAAAGUCUCAGCAUCAGUGAAUUGCCGGAUGGCGAAGAUGAGCAGGAUUUUAGCUUUCGUUAUCCGGACUAUAUGUAUCCGGAUGUGGAGUACGAUAAGCAUGAUGUGCCGCUCUCGUUUCGAGCCACGCCCGAUUCGCUGUUCAGUCUGUGUGCCGCUGUCGUGGAUGCCCAGGCACGGACCGAGGUGUUCAAGUGGAGCAUCAAUGAUGUUGCCCAAUGGCUGCGCGAUUUUGGCUAUCCGGAAUACGAGGAAACCUUCAGGGAGAACUAUAUCGAUGGACACAAGUUGCUCAAUCUGGAUGCCAUUGCUCUGGUGGCGCUUAAUAUACGCGACUUUGAGCACAUACGUCACCUUGGAAGGGGCAUCCGAGCACUCUAUCGUAAGGAGCUGCAGACGGCGACGGAGACGAAAAAACAGAGCGAAGUCUACAAGGCGUUCCGCUCACGAACGGGCCGCAAAUACGAGGGCUUGCGGGAGACGGAGCUAUUGGGUCGCAUGCACAUGAUUCGCUCGGUCUUUCAGGACAUCAACGAAUGGGACCUAAUGGAGCUGCACAUGGCUCGCACUCCGGUGCGUCGUUAUCGUGAGGUAAUCGCCGGCUCGAGGCGCUACAAUCUAUACGGCCCAUCAACGGCACGCAGAUCCCCAAUCACAAUGGACGAUGGCGACACGAGCAAUUGGUUUAAUUUUGGCGAUUGUUAUUGA